GAAAAAACGAAUUUCUUGUGGCGGAGUUGCCGCAGGUAUUAUGGAGGGAAUGCGGUCCGAGACGUCGCUUCUACAGAAGCUGCCUGGAGUGUCUUGCGAAGGAGACACCACAGCGAAGCCGCUUCGGUGCGGGACGAAGGACUUCAACGUUGAAAAUAAUCUGAUUUUUCAGUCUUGAAGAUCCUUGAACUUUGCAUGUUGAGCAAAAACAGAUCCUGCAACGAAACACUCGACAAAGACUCCAGGAGAGUAGAAAUGGAUGUUGAUUUCUCGUCUAUGUCCCAACGUGAGGAGACAGCUCUCACAAAAAGACAGCAUCGGGCGAACGUCGACCACAAGGAUAGACACCCCGAAGCCUUGGAGAGCGGCAAGUGACAACGGAUGUUGUUUUUUUCUCCCUUCAUUGUUUCAAUGUUUGGAUGCUCAACUUUUGCUUCCGAUCUCCCAUCUCUGCCUCUUCCUCUGUUGUCUCUCUCCCCCUCUGUUGCACCUCUGCUCGGUGGCGUCGAAACUAUCUGUCUUCUUCUCUUCCCCCCCGCUCCAAUUCUCUAUCUUCUUCUCUUUCGUUCUCUCGCGUCUUCUCCAGGCUGCGUCUCGCCUCCUUCAUUCUCUGCCUGGUUCUUCGCUCCCUUCCUCGAUCGCCGCUCUCUCUUUGCCGUCUUGCCCAUCCCUUCCUGCGCGAUGUCUGCUUCCUCAGACUCUCCGUCGCUGUCUCCUGAGGCAAGCGCCGCCUCUCGGUCUCUCGGGGACAGGGUCGCAGAGUGUCUCUUCAGCGUCUUUGCCAGCGCUGUUCCGAGACGAGGGAAGCCGGACGCAGCGACUGGCGAAUGGACUGUCUUAGCAGGAUUCGCGCUGGAGAUUGGAGAAGAGGAAGCGGAGGAGAGGAGAGCACACAGUGAAGGUUGCCGCCUUGCACAUCGAGAGAAGGACCAGCAAGAGCGAGAACAACUGCCUCUUCUUCAAACGCCCGACGUCACUCUUUCUUUCUGCUCGGACCCACAGAGGUCUCAGGAUCCAGAGCUCCACCCAGUCAAACUGACAGGCGCACACCCACCUUCUUUUUCUUCUGCUUCCUUCUCCUCAUCUCCCUCUUCGUCGUCUUCCGUUCAUGCGUUUCGGUCAUCGGUAUUUUCCCCUCUGGUGGUGGCGACGGGGUCUCGCUGCAUCGGGCGCUGUCGACUUCUUCCCCCUGCGAGUCUGCCUCUGCGCAGCUGCGCCCAGCAUCCCCACGAGACGCAAGGCUUCCCUGACCUCGCUGGCAGGCUUGUCUCAGGACCUCCUUCGAACACUGUCGCCUGCGAAGCAAGCGACAGAGUUUCUCCAACUUCAACUGCUGUCUCGCCACUGCUCUACUGUCUCGACACCUCUCCGUCUCGGCCUCCGGCGUCGGGCAAAAAGACGGAGAGUCUCAAGAGCGCGAAGUGCUCACGGAGGGCGUCGUUGUCUCCUGAACGCAGGGACGGUCCUGUCUCUUGUCGUUCGAAGGAGAGGGACAAGGCGGCCGUCGUGGACCGCACAGAAGAGUCGCAUGCAUGGGCGGAGUCCCCUGCUUCGAACGCACCAGUCGGAACUGAUGGAGGCACUCUGACGGUGCGUGGAGGCCGCGGCGGAGACUUGCAGCCUCUGUGUGAAGGCAGACGUUCCGACGCGUCUUCGUUUCUCUGUUGCUCCUCGUUUUCGCCCUGUGCGGGGAUUCGCUCUGAAGAGACCUCGUCGGCUUCUCCCUCCUCGUCGCCGUCUUCUUCGUCGCCUUGUUCCCGAGAGUGCUCAAGUUCUUCCUGCGAUGGUGCCUCCAGUGAGAAAAUGAAACACAGACGAGUCGCGCCGUCGGAGCCUCCGAUCUCUGUCGAGGAGGAACCCGCGAAAGACCCUGAGAGGCGACAAGCGCCCCCCGCGGCUUCCUUCGCUUCUCCCUUCCCGCCUCAGGUGUACAGACAGUGGACGCAGGGAAGCUGCGUCUGCGUGCAUGUCUCCCAUGCCGAGGUGCUCGCCAGGAGGGCGCUGAAGCGGUAUUUAGUGCUCGGCAUGCUCUCGCAGUUGCAUGCGUUUCUCGGUGAAAGUCGCAGGCGAGUUCUGCGGAUCCAAGAGACUCUGGCGGCAGUCGAAGCUUCGAGGGCAAGAACGAGGGAAACGGAGAGGAGUCCGGUGGCGCAGAACAGGCGAGGCCACAAUCCUGCAGCCAGAAGAGGCGAAAGGGCAUGCGACACUCUGGCGAGGGAAUCUAAGGACGAAGAGAAAAAAGUCGAGCGCUUCGCCAGAGAGCAGAAAGAGGUCGAAGGAGGCGAGGAGGCGGAGCCAGGAGAGGCGGCGAGCCGAGGGAACCUUGUGGGAGAAGGGGAGAUACAAGCGAGCGAUGAAGAUGCAGCUGCUGCAAGGGAGGAAGGUGACCUCAAUACUAAUUCAGUGCCGCAUCUGAAGGCUGAAAGUCGGCUUCUACGCAACUUAACUGAAGACGUGCAUGCGCUAGCUCUUUUUCUUCUUCACCCUUUUCCAUCUUCUCUCGGUUUCCUCUCUUCUUCGCAGAAUCCGCGCUGCUCUUCACUUGCUGUCACCGGAGAAGAAACAGGAUCUGGAGGACUGGGUCUCCCGAGCGGGCGCCAGCCGGGCCGGAGUCAGCGCGACGACGAACGCGUAGCCAAGGCAGGAGACAAAGUCUGGAUCGAGUUCGUUCCGCUUUCUCUCAGUUUUCGAACGAAAGGGGACGUGCGUCUCCACUUCUACGCCUCCAUGGCGCCCUGCGGGGACGCCGCGGUCGCUCCUCGCGACGUCGAAGACAAAGACCUUGACGAAACUGGAGAGGGCAGAGAUGGGGGAGACGCGGAGACCGAGAGAGAAGGCGACGCGCGAGGAGCGAAGCGUGGGGAGUUCGUCUCUGAAAAGUCCGCGACAGGCAGUGGGCUUCACGAAGGCGAACCACAUGCAGUUGGAAGUGCAGAGACAAAAGGAGACGAGUGGACAAGGAAGGAACGGGAGGGAGACGACGAAGGUACAAACGGAUAUCCAGACGACACCGAGAAGCCAAGUGGAAGGCGUAACGAGCGAAUCAGUUCCCUGGUUGAGAAUGGAAGGGAUCGAAAGUGUAGGCAGAAAAAAGAGCACAAGGAAAAGGAUUCUGGAGUCGCUUUCCGAUUUCGCCCGACAGGCGCAAAACCUGUAUCGGUUGCAGCAAGAAGCGAUGAGAGAACGAGUCUGCAGACCACGGAACAAGACCUUCUUUCCGUCCAAAGACGGGGCCUCCUGAGAUUCAAACCAGGGCGCAGCGAUCUGCCUAGCCACUUGCGAUCUGUGUCUCUGAGUUGCAGCGACAAGCUUUGGAGCUGGAACUGUCUCGGAUGGGAGGGCGCUGUCUUGUCGCGAAUUCUCUCCUCUCCACUGCUGCCGUUCUCCAUCACCGUCGGCGAGGCUUCGGUCUGCCUUUCUGCUCUGAAACUGUCGUUGGUGUGUCGCGAAAAUCCGCAUCCAGAAGGCGGGGAGGAACGGGUGUCUGCAAAGCUUGCGCCCUUGUUACUGGCUUCUCAAAGCGCCCAUCCCCGAGGGAAUGUUCCCGUCCUCGCUAAAACGACAAGCGCAAAUUGUUUUUUGGGCUCCCGCGAGGCUGCGGAGCGACGGCGAGCGACUGAGACCGAGAGAGUGUCGGCCGGCGGAGAGAUGCGGAAAAACGCAACGAAGGAGAAUCGAGAAAACGCGAGACAGAACCGGGCACUCGCCGACAAGCAGGGCACCCUUCGAGAGGCCAAAACAACAUGCGAAACCGAGUUAAAGAUGGGACAGGGUGGGAGACAAAACGGCGAGACCAAGACUGAAACAGAAGGACUGCAUGGUAGUGGAAGCACACACCUUCAGGAUCGAUCAGGGGUAUUCAGUCAGCACGAGCCGCACUCAAACACAAACGGAAAAUUCGCGGUGGAACACCCGAAGACGCAGUUGCCAAAGGCGUCGAGUAGCAGUGCACACAGUAGCGGAUCCCAAAAGAAGCGAAAAUUGAAAGAAUGGGAAGGAAAGUGUUCGCUUCCUCCCGUUCGGUCGUCCGGUCUCUCCAUCGCCUGGCACCGGGCUCCUCUCAGCGAGUUCCCGCCUUGUUACCAGGCGCUUUUGUCGCCCGAGAUCAUUCAGAAAGACGCUGGCGUACCGGCAACUUGCGUAGCGGCACCUGUCAGGGGGUUUUCUGAGGCAGUCAAAAGCCAGGAAAACGCGUCUCUGUGCUUCUGCUGUUCGUUUUCAUCGAAAACGUUUCACGAAGUCACAGUUGGCCGCAGUGGUCUGUUGCACCGGACAUUUCAGAAGCGGGCAGAAAACUGUAGCUAUCUUCACUCUGAACUCUGCAAGGCAAAUCUAGGUCGUCUUUAUCUGCAUCUGACGAAACUGACGACGGACGAGUUGCCGCGCGUGCUGAGGGAGGCACUUGCAACCCUCGCUGCUGCAGCAGAGGAACUGGAGAGCCAAAGCGUUUCUGCAGUCGAGGUCUCAAACGCAGUUUCAGUCGCAAGAAAAGUGCUCAGUGAAGUCGGUGGCCGAGGGCUGGUGCCCUUGUACCGGGAGGAAGAAACCCCGAAAUUCGGCAGAACCUACGCUGGGCCGAAAGAGAAAAGCCUUCAUGUUAAUGCGACAGAAACCAAAACGGCUACAAUCACGUACGCCAGUUUGAAAGCGAUGUCGGUCGAAUAUCGUGAAAGGAAAGCGGAAUGGCGAGCACGUGGUGGAGGCUGGCACAUAAAGGACCCAAGCUUCCAGUUCGACAACGCCAUCGGAGAAUUCGGUCCCGAUCCUUUCGACUUCAUCGUCGAGGAUCUUUCAAAGGACUCUUAGCUGCGGCGUUCGAUUAAACUGUCAUCGAUAAGAGCAGACUGGUGCUUUGGGAGUCGGCCUACUGGUCGUGUGUGGACACACUCUAGGCUUUCAAUGAAGUUGGAAACAAGCUUGCCAGUUCCACUGUAAUUACAAUUCAGUCCCGCCAUGGCGCCAUGGCAAUGCAAAUGUGGAAUGCAUGAAUGAUGCUGACGAAGAAACGGAGGUCGUGUCAUCAAUCGAACUUGUUCUAGACUUUUUUCCUGAGGUUUUUAAUUAGCACCGUACUUGAGGGAAAGGGUAUGGCCGUGUUGUUGUGUGUGUGUAUCGAGCGGC